AUGGCCCCUCCUCACUUGGACGCGUCCGAUGUUGAUGAGACGAAUAACGGAACCUCAACACCACCGGCUCACAGUCCCUUCGACCCUGCGGGCAACGGCGCCGAACACUCUGACGAAAGCAUGGACGGCCCUUCAAGCGAGAAUGACCCUUCAAACAGCGUGACUUCGCCCAUCCUGCCGCGCGACCGACAGCGACGAACGGCCACCUACGAUUAUGCGUACGAGAAAUCCGUGAGCCAUGCCGAAGCCAAAUUGUUCUACCAGCGCCACCAGCUGGCCUAUCGCCCUGCCGACGGAGAAUUACCCCAGAGCCCUCCUUUACUCCCCAGAUCGUCGACGAUACCCGUAUCCAAUGCUGUGGAAUAUGACUCUCCUACCCGAACCGCGAGCACCGCAUCGCGUCUGAGCAGCCAAGGUCACAUCCUCCCACCGCCUAGUCAAUAUGCGAUCUCGGUGCCGCUCGCGACAAAUGUGCCCCGGAGUGAAAGUAUAGCUGCAGCAGACCAGUCUGCACGUAGUCAUGCACUGCACCCCGCUCCGCCCCAUGAAGCUGAAUCGCGUUUACUCUCUUCGCAGGGAAUACAUGGUGCUGGCGCCGGAUUUGGGGUUGGUCAAAGGAGCCGGAGGAGACUGGGCGAUAACCCAAGGGAUGAACCAGGCUGGAAUGUUUACCCUCCGCCUCCAGAGCCGGCUUGGGGAGAACUUGGGGAGCCAACGGGCGCCAAUAGCAUGUCGAAUAGUAUGGUGAUGCCUCCCAAGAAUACCGGGCCUGAAAAUGAUAGUGGUCCAACUCAAGUCCGCAAAAAGAGGAAGCCAGGGCAAAACAUCGGUGAGGAUUUUGAUAUGGGCGAUCUCUUGCCAUUGCCAGAAUCGUCAUCUAUGACAUUCAAAUUGGAUGAUACUAGUGUUUAUCAAGUAUACGAGUCUGCCGAAGCCCGUGAAUUGAAUCAACCGACCGUCCAAGUCCCUUCGCUGAGAGAUUUUUAUAUGGAUUUGGACGCCACCCUCGAUGUUUCAACAGACGGUCCCAUCAAGUCCUUCGCUUUCAAGCGGCUUUCAUAUUUGGAAGGGAAGUUUCAACUUCAUGCGCUGUUGAACGAGUAUCAAGAGAUAGCUGACAGCAAGAAAGUCCCGCACAGGGACUUUUACAAUGUCCGAAAGGUGGACACUCACGUUCACCAUUCAGCUUGCAUGAAUCAGAAGCACCUUCUGCGGUUCAUCAAAAGUAAAAUGAAGAAAUCACCUGAUGAAGUUGUAUUGUUUAGAGAUGGAAAGCAUCUGACCUUGCGGGAGGUCUUCGAAAGUAUUAAUCUCACAGCCUACGAUUUGAGCAUUGAUACCCUUGACAUGCACGCCCACACCGAUAGUUUCCAUCGUUUUGACAAGUUCAACCUCAAAUAUAAUCCUAUCGGAGAAUCCCGUCUACGAGAGAUCUUCCUCAAAACAGAUAACUAUAUAAAAGGCCGAUACCUGGCUGAAAUUACUAAAGAAGUCAUUGCCGAUCUGGAGUCGAGCAAGUAUCAGAUGGCCGAAUGGCGCAUCUCUAUAUACGGCCGCUCUAUGGAUGAAUGGGAUAAGCUCGCCGCCUGGGUUGUUGAUAAUAGAUUGUUUUCGCCCAAUAUCCGAUGGUUGAUACAAGUUCCACGUCUCUACGAUGUCUACAAGUCAAAUGGCAUCAUUGAUAAUUUCGAGGCCAUUAUAAAGAAUGUCUUCCAACCGCUGUUCGAAGUGACCCAAGAUCCAAAUAGCCAUCCAAAAUUGCAUAUCUUCUUACAGCGAGUUGUUGGUUUUGACAGCGUUGACGACGAAAGCAAAGCUGAGCGUCGACUAUACCGGAAAUUCCCUAUUCCUAAACAAUGGGACACCAAACAGAACCCACCGUACAGCUACUGGAUAUAUUUCAUGUUUGCGAACAUGGCAUCAUUGAAUCACUGGCGGAAACAGCGUGGUUUCAAUACCUUUGUAUUGCGACCUCACUGUGGUGAGGCGGGUGAUCCUGAUCAUCUUGCAUCCGCGUUCCUUUGCUGUUCAGGCAUCAGCCACGGCAUCCUGCUUCGCAAAGUCCCUUUGCUGCAAUAUUUGUUCUAUCUUGAUCAGGUUGGGAUUGCCAUGUCCCCGUUGAGCAACAAUGCUCUGUUCCUGACCUAUGAGAGGAAUCCUUUUGCCACAUUUUUUAGGCGAGGCCUAAAUGUGUCGCUGUCCACUGACGACCCACUGCAGUUUGCUUUUACCAAAGAGCCAUUGAUUGAAGAGUACGCUGUCGCUGCGCAGAUAUACAAAUUUAGCGCGGUGGAUAUGUGUGAACUGGCCAAACAUUCUGUGGACCAGAGUGGAUUUGAGCUAUCUCUGAAGCAGAGAUGGCUGGGUCAAAACUGCCAUCUGCCUGGAGUAGUGGGCAAUAACAUGGCCAAGACCAACGUCCCUGAUAUUAGGGAGGCAUUUAGAUAUGAGACUCUACUUGGAGAACUUGGCCUGAUUGAGCGAUACGCAUUGAGUUCAGUUACUCAACCGCAGACACCAAAGACUGCAGCGCUCAAUAAACAAUGGCAGAAUACGCAGGCUGCGUCCCCGACUUUAUCUGGCAAAGUUGGCUCUCUGGGGGGUGCUGGGCCGUCAGGCGUAUCACUUCCCUCCUUAACAUCGAACCAGGGCGGGUAUGGACCGGCAGGUAAUGCAUCAUCCCCGAACUUUCUAACAAAUUCUGCGCGGCUCCCAACCAGCAUACCCUUUUCAGAGUAUCCGCAGAAUAGCAAUAUUCAAUCGGCACCACAGCAGCAGCAGGGCUGGGAUGCGACACUGCCAUGGGUGACGCCUAUCCCUUUGGCACAUGCGCAGAACGCGUCCAUUCCGCAAGAGGUGCCCUCACCAUCCACGUUGACUACGCCUCUAAUAGAUCAGAGAAUUUUUCCCGGAAUAGUGCAUGCGCGGGUGAGACGGAGCAGUAGCUUGCACAAUGCUGAUAAUGUUGCGGGGGUCGAUGAUAUGGAAAGCAAGUCGCCAGAGGCGGAGGGAAGCGGGAUUGAUGGUGAUGCUGACGAUAGCCCUCAUUUUGAGGACAAGCAGCCGACGUGGGGGAGAGUGGAAGAUCAUGAUGACGACGAUUAA